UGUAAAUGGAGUCAUUCAAAAUAAAAGAAAUUUAAUAUAAAAAACUGAAAUGGCUUUUCUUGAAGUGGUUGUAGUUACAUCCCUAGCCCUGUGGCUGAUAUAUAAAUGGUUGACAAUUCAUGACGAUGAAUUUAAGAAGCGUAAUAUACCCUAUGAGAAACCAUAUCCUGUAGUGGGUAAUUUCGGCAAAGCUAUGAUGAACAAAGAGUCGGGGCAAAAAACAAUUCUUGAAUUCUAUAAACGCAAUAAGAGGCACAAAAUUGUGGGUUUCUUCGAUUUUCGUAAUCCAGUUUACUUUAUUAAUGAACCAGAAAUGAUAAAAAAAAUUUGUAUUAAAGAUUUUGAUCAUUUUCCAAACCAUACACCUUUUAUUAAUGUUGACGACGAUCCAUUGCUAGCUGGUAUACUUACUAUAAUGAAGGAUCAACGUUGGAAGGAUAUGCGUAGUAUAUUGACACCAGUUUUCACAGCCGUCAAAAUGCGUAAUAUGUUUCCAUUGAUGAAUGAAUGCUUCAGUGAAUGCAUGAAAAAUUUAAAAACGAAAUUUUCAAAUGGCAGCUGUGAACUUGAAAUGAAACAAUUCAUGACGAAACUCUCGAAUGACAUUAUCGCUUCGACUGCCUUUGGAAUAAGUAUUAAUUCACAUGAAGAUCCAAAUAAUCAAUUUUAUAAUGUGGGUCAAUCAGUUACCAAUUUCAGAGGCAUACAAAUGCUUAAGGUCAUGAUUUCGAAUGUAGCACCUUGGAUUUUAAAGUAUCUUGGUAUCAAAAUUUUUGAUCAGGAACAAACAGAUUACUUCAUGCACCUUGUCAUUGAUGCCAUGAAAUACCGAGAGAAAAAUAACAUUGUACGACCCGACAUGAUACAUCUGUUACUAGAAGCAAAGAAAGAAUCCGCACAAUACUGGUCUGAUGAAGAAAUUGUUGCACAAUGUUUCGUCUUCUUCUUCGCUGCUUUUGAGAAUAACGCAAACUUAAUUUGUGCGGCAAGUCACGAAUUAAUGUCAAAUCCUGAUAUUCAAGAACGUUUGUAUGAGGAAUGUCUUGAAAUUAAAAAGGAAUUACGGGAUCAACCAUUAAAUUAUGAUAUAGCAAAUAAAAUGAAAUAUAUGGAUAUGGUGCUUAAGGAAACACUCCGUAAAUGGUCUAUUGGCCCAAUCACAGAUCGAGUUUGUUCUAAGGAUUACAAAAUAAAAGACGAGUUUGGUAAUUUUGCCUUUGAAUUUAAAGUUGGAGAUCGUGUUUGGUUUCCAAUCAGUGGCUUGCACAUGGAUGAACGACAUUUUGAGAAUCCUGAAGAAUUUAUUCCCGAACGUUUUAGUGAUGAUAACAAAAGAAAUAUUAAACCAUUCACAUAUCUUCCAUUUGGUGCAGGGCCUAGAAGUUGCAUAGGUAAUCGUUAUGCACUGAUGCAGGCAAAAGCAAUGUUAUACUACUUAGUUGUUAACUGCAAACUGGAACGUUCAGAAAACACUGUAAAAGAUGUAUUCAAUGACAUGCGUGGUUUUAAUAUAACUCCACGUGGAGGUUUUUGGAUACGCUUUGUUGUAAGAAACUAACUAGCAUAAUAAUUCAUUAUUUGUGCUUAAUUUUAUGUAUUUACAAUAUUUUUAUCAAUCGAUUGAAAUAU